AUGGUGCCAUGGCCUUUGACAUGGGGAAUGCUGUUGCUCAUUUCGGGUCAGGAUGUUCAAUCAUCGGAGGAACUGGCAUGCCCGAAGUUGCCACGAAAUUCUGUGGGUAUAUGCGUGGAGGAAUGUGAAUCAAACGACGACUGUGAGUUGCGUGGACAGAAAGGCCACUGGUGUUGCUCGAACGGAUGUGGUCACAGCUGUACGAUGCCAGAGAGGGUGGGAGCAAUCGCCGCACCGCCGAAGAGCUUUGAACUUAUCGCAGUGUUGCGCAAGGAUGCUGCCUUUGCAGAUGUUUUACGUGAGCUGCCCCACCCCAUCUCGAAGUCCGAGCUGCGCUCGCUGCACAUGCUGACAGUAAAGUACGGAGCUGGCAAUGCUCGUGAUGCAUGCCAGGCUUUUCGAAAGCUGUCGGCUCAUGCCAAGGUGUCUUCCGUUGAGUGGGCAACGAGUUAUACCCUGUAUGUUGUAUGCACUGUCUCAUUCUGUCCUCGGCUGAACCAUAUCAGUCCCGUGCCACUCACGGCCGUCGACGCACCCCCGCACCAGCAUUGCUUUGCAGAGUCAUCGAUGCCGAAUGAGGGGCGAUCUGGGCAAGCUGAUGUGCCCUUCAAUAUGCGACCAUCGGCCACGCCAUUUAUUCCAUCCAGGCUGAGACCAUGUCCAUGCUCACCUAUGAGACAGGCUCAUGGUGAGCAGGCUGUGGUGCAGGUGCAGUGGGACCACACUGUUUCUCAAUCCCGACCUGCGCGGGAUGCACUGAAGAUGGUCCAGCUUGAAUCCUCGAGAAAUCCUCCUUCCGGGUCGACAGUCGGCAACGGUGAAACCACAGUUGCUGUGUUCCCCAGUGUUUCGCGGCAAUACUACCGCCAUACGCCCUCAGACCCGACCAGGGCAGGGUACGACCUUGAUAGAAUGAGUUGCAGCACUUGGCGACUUCCGGAGCUCAAAGACCAAGCUCUUCAGGAGACUGGCUACUUGUUGACUGCUUUCCUCGAUCCGGAGGCGCUUGGAACACUCUCCUGUGUCAGUCGCACGUGGGCUGGGCCGGCUUCCUCCUUUGACUGGGCAGGUGGCUGCCAGGCUGAUUUCGGUGCCGUAUGCUCCCAGUAUCUUAGAUACUUGGAGCUGGACAGCCGCACUGGUACAAGCUUCAGUUGGCGUUCGCUCUACCUGCGACUACGAGCAUUCCAUCGUCAGCUAGAUGCUUUCCCAGACUGUCUGCAGCGUCGCUUCAGUCCAGAAGCAUGGAGAAAUGCUCCCUCGGUCCGAUUGAACCAGGACGCUUGUCGAUUGGUGCAAGGAGGGCACUCAGUGCUUUUCUGUGGCGACGCCGAGCAUGUUGGGAUUCUGCCACUGACAUCGACAGCAGGUUCAUCUCACCCGUCUUUCAGGCCUGCAGAUUUCCUCGAUGUGGUGCCGGUCACGCCGCACUCCGUCAUUGGCGUAUCCCUGGCUCUAGACUUGGAGAGGUGGUGCUUCAAAGAAAAGGCAUCGUGCACGGGCAGAUCGCCAACCGGACUUGAGAAGGAGGAUCCUACGGAAGACUUGCGACUUUUCGUGGAACACGUCGCAGCAAGGCUCUUCGUCUUCGCCGGGGUUCAUAUCCAUGCAUUCGACCUCGUGUCACUCGAGAAGACUUACGUGGUCUCUGCCCCGAGCUGGGAGAGGCAUGCGGAGCAGCUCCUUGCACGAUGGGAUUAUGGGGAAGCGUUUCUCGCUUACCAAGUUGAAGGAUGCGAGGCCUGCAUAUGGUCCACUUCAGACGGCGCAGACUUGGGCAAGAUCACAUCUGGUAAUCAAUUUUUAUGCUGCGAUAUUACCAGCUUCGCAUUUGGAGGCAGCCAAAAGCUGGUGGCAACUUUGGAGACUGAUGGAGGCAUUCGAGUUUUUACUAACGUGCUGAGUGAAUGGCAUCUUGCCCAAGCCGUGCAGACUCUUUCCCUGGUUGUAGAAGUCAAGCUGGAACGACACCUGCUGGUCGCUGUAAGUCAUUCGGCUGGCGCGGGUUCUGUGCACCUUUGGCAUUUGGGCUUUGACACGAAUUCCAGUGAUCCAGACGUCAGCGUACUCCUGCAAGAGUACUGUAAGCGCGACUUCAGCCAGCCUCCGGACAGAGUCGAAGCCAGGCAUGGAGGAAGGUUUAUUGAAGUUCAGUUCCUGACGGAGGGAUUGUCGGUGGAUGGGAUCUAUGACGUUGAAUGGCUGGAGCCGACCCAGUUGCAUUGCUUGCUGGCGUUGAAAAGCUGUAUAGGCGACUGGAGAUGUGAUCUGAGAGAUGUGGUCGGUGUGCUCGGCAACGAUAGUGAAGGUACUGUCCUUCGCUGGUUGCUCUUGUGGCAGUGUGUGGCCAGUGCCUUGAAGAGUUCGUGCAUUUGGCUCUUGAAAGGUGGCCUGGACAAGCAGCGCUUUCGUGUCACGGCAGUGGCAGCCACGUCGAGGACAUCCCUCGCAGGUGUCUCGACUUGGUCUGACGGGUGCAAUUGCAAGGAUGGAGACGAGAGGGAGAAGAAGGGACUGUCGAGCGAAGAUGCGCAGCAUAGAAUCAUGAGCGAAUUUCCACUGAAGUUUCCUAAAGGUCUUUGGAGUCCUAGCGUGCUCUGCGACGGGCAUGUGGCAGAAGAGCGAGCCUUGUGGUGCAUGGAGCAUCUGGGCAUGUCAGUGGAGGAAGCUCAAUGCAAAGUGCUGAGCGAGUUUCAGGAUGCAUUCUCCGCCACUACCACAGCGGAUGCAGGAGAUGACACUCCGGCGUCCCCGUUGGCGGAUGUGUGCUCUGCAGAUGCCGCGGAGACAGAAAGGCCACAGCAUAUAUCUGUCGUCAAAGCCGAGAUCGACGCGCUGCUCGUGCCGGACAGGAAUGGCUGGGAUCCCGGCAUUUUGUGCGACGGAGUCUCUGCCGGAGAUCGGGCCCGAUGGUGUGUUUCAGAGCUUGGGCUGACUGCGCAGCAAGCCAGGGACCGUGUCAUGAGCGAGUACGCUACCAACUUUGGCAAGGCAGUUCCCUUGCAAGAGCGUGGUGUAAUGGCAUCAGACCUCACCUGGAUCGCUGUACCGCCAGCAGAUCGGGAGCUUCUUAUCUGGCAUGAUGAGUUUGACUACACAGGCCCUCCGGAUCCAUCCAAAUGGUCGUUCGAGCUUGGAGACAGUGGCUGGGGGAAUGGCGAACUUCAGUUUUACACUGACUCGCCAAAGAACGCCUAUGUUUCAGAUGGAUGCCUUCGAAUUAGAGCCUUGCUGGAGAAGCACGGGUCGCGUGACUUUACAUCCGCUCGUUUGACAACGAUUGGCAGGAACGACUGGCAACACGGCCGCUUUGAGGCACGCGUGCGGCUUCCAUGUGGCCGUGGCACAUGGGCAGGAAUCUGGAUGAUGCCCACAGCUGGCGAACCCUGGCCCACAGGUGGUGAGAUUGACAUCGUUGAACACGUAGGGCACGACGCGGGCCGAAUUCAUGGAACCGUGCACACUGGCCUUUGCAACCACCAGCAAGCCAGUCAAGUUGGGGGCAUCUUGCCCUUGUCAGUCGAUCAGUGGCAUACUUACGGCAUCGAAUGGAAUGCGGAGCGAAUUGACUUUCACUGUGAUGGCUUCCGGUAUUUCAGAAUUUGCAAGGACAGUGGUGCCAGCAAGGAAGGGUGGCCAUUUGACACGCCUUUUCACCUCAUCAUGAACUUGGCCGUUGGUGGCAACUGGGGUGGCCAACAGGGCAUCGAUCGGGCGGCUUUCGACGGUGAUGGGCAGGUUAUGGAGAUAGCCUGGAUACGUGCUUACCGACUUCAGCACGACCCACCCGAAGAGAUUACCAGCAGCAACGUCCUCAUGACUUCCUCCAGCAAUUGCAGCAUAUGGGGACAGAACAUGGUGGCACAACAGGCCCGGCCCCACACGAUUGUCGCGACUGCUUUGCGACUUGUCCAAGAAGAGCGCCUGGAGCUACACUUUUACCACCUCUCCUUGCGCAAGGUAGAUCCAGAAACUUUCAAGACGGAGUUGAUGUUGGCGCUGCUUGGCAUAGGAUUUCCUCAGGAAUUGUUGGCCAGUCUGGCCGUUGGCUUGCGUGCAGGCUCGGUGAUAGCCGAAAUCCGGGGCCCUGCCAGCAGCAUGCAGAAGUUGAAGUCGCUGCCCGUGUACAGCAUCCAAGUCAUGGGCUGCCAGGCACAGUCGGCAGCAAGUGCCGCGGCAAUGGCAGCAAAUGCCGGGGUCUUGCCGUCAAGACUGCCAACACUAAACGAAUCCGACAAGGAUGUUCCUGGGGCCGAUUGCAUGGGCAAAGCAGAGUCCACGGGAGUGGGUUCAGCCGCGCCAGUGUCGGAAACCCCACUAACAGCAGUGACAAGCUCUCCCUGUGCUCAGCUGCCUCUGUUGACUGAACAUUCGCAGCGAGGCACUAGUGCAGAGAGUCGCACUCCCCUACUUUCGGGAACGCCAAACCGAGAUGCGAUCUUCUCGCCCGACCGCAGAAGCAGGCAAACGGGAUUCCGUUCCCAGGCUGCUCUGCCAACUGAGCGGCGAAAGGCUGGACCUCAACGACUGCGAGCACGUGACCGGUGGAAUGUAGAGGAGCUGCGGAUUUGUGACAUCAUGUCACGGUCACUCGGGUGGACAGGUUCGCAGCUUGACUUGGAUGAGAACGAUGUGGCAGAGAUUUUAACAGAGCUGUAUGGUGAGGAGCUCGAGCUUGAUGCUGUUCCUUGGACGUUUCAACUCGCAAGCCGCGGAGAGACAAGGUGCACCAGCACAAGUGACUUGCACUAUGCAUUGCGUACACAUCACAUGUGUCACUUCUUGCCGCAGGCCACGAUGCGGACGCUGGCUACCACGAAUGUUAGCUCCAGAGGCUGCGUGGAUCGGGAACUGUUGCGGGACUUGAUGGAAGAGCUCAAUGGAGGAUACACGGUGCUUGCGGCUCAGGUCAAUGCCGUCCUCGACGAAGCUGAAGCUUUGGCAGCCUGUGGGUCUGGAAGUGGUCGUGCAUCGCUGGUUCGUGCGAUUUCAGCGUGGUACUUGAAUGUUUUGCGAACUGAAUCGCCUUGGGCAACUACCUUUCGAGCUUGCUAUGGACGCUGGGUCCCAGAGAAAGGCUAUCAUUGGGAGGUCUUUGUGCGCUUUCGUGUCUCUCUGACGGAGGCUGAAGAGGCCUUUCAUGAGGACGUAUGGCAGGCAGUUUGGGGUCUCAUACAGUCUGCCAUUCUCUUGCUGGCGCUGGUGUUCCCAAUCAUGUUCUUCGCUUGGUUGGUGGUUCUGGGUGCGGAGCAUGGAGACGACCGUUGCCCGAAGGACCUGGACGGGCUGAUGACUUGGUUCGGGAUGCUGGGUCUUGCGCUGAUUGUGGUUGGCUUUGUUGAUGGCCGCCUGGCGCAAGAGGAUGUCGUCAAAACAUCUUACAUCGGGCUAGCUUUGUCGCUGGUCUUGCUGGUUCUGCCCUGGGUUGGAGCAUUCUGGACUUUCCACUUGGAUAGCACGGACCAGCAGACCUGCGGAUUGUUCUUGACUGGUGCAAGUUCAUUGCUCUGGACUGUAUGUCUCGUCUCCGAGUUGAUACUCGGCUUCGCAUUUCUGUGGCAUCUGGCGGUUUACCAGGAAUACGAAAUGACUCUGCAGCAGGGCCACAGUCUCGAGCAGCGCCCCUCGAGCUUCGGCAAUCGCCAAGAUAUUGCGUAUGCCAGCUCCUCAGCCAAGCCAGGAAGUGCAGCAUCAACAACUCUGCCCCUCAGCGAGAAACGCACCCUGUACCUGUACCUCAGGCAAGCCGUUCGUCAGAGAAAGGAUGCCAAGAUCUUGCUGGCUGUUCGCUGUGAUAUUCCUGCACCCAAGGCAAGCAUGAAGUUGUCAGAUUUGGCAGGUAGUCGAGUGAGACUAGGCCUUUUCUGUCACGGCUUCACCUGUCAGCAUUGCCAGGUGAACGAAGGCUUUGGCGAGCUGUUAAAGCCGCAGGUGGUUGGCUACCCGCUUCAUUUCAUCAAAAGCUCGCCUCCGAAGCUGUCCGUGGAUGCCUCCGGACCUGAGCACAUGCAUAUGACCCUUGACAUCAUGUUCUCGGCAGAGUUGGGCCAUGAAUUCAACGGCGAACUGUCUGUGGUUGCAACAAGGCGACUGCUACGUGAGCAAGCUGAUCUGAACAGGGAUGGAUUGGAAAUGCAGGGGAUUUUCCACCAUUUCGACGAUGUGCAUCCGCACAAGGCUGUAGCGAUUAUCAUCGGGCCAGAUGGAUCGCCCUAUGCGCGUGCGCCGUAUCUGUUUCGAUUUGUGUUCCCGAACACAUAUCCAUUAAAGCCUCCGUGUGCGACAUUCUGCACAGGAGACGGGCGCGUCCGCUUCAAUCCCAACUUGUACACAAACGGCAAGGUUUGCCUUUCCAUUCUGGGCACCUGGGCGGGCCCGUCCUGGACGUCUCUGAGCACGUUUCGUUCUGUCUUGCUAUCAAUACAAAGUCUUUUAUCUCUCAAUCCUCUUCAGAAUGAGCCGGGGCAUGAGCAUGAAACAGGGCGUGAUUGCGACCUUUAUUCAGCAAUGCUCCGCUAUGAAAGUUUGGCAGUUGCAGCACUGCAGCUGACAAAGCCAUUGGACUCGUGUUUCGAGCCCGUGCGAGAACUGCUUGGCGCGAUCUUCCUCUGCAAUUUUCAUGCCUAUACAGACUCGUUGGUUGAAUUUGCAGCCUGUGAAGGUUGCCUGGACAGGUGCCCCGUGUACGGUUUCAUCUCAAAGUACAGUCCAAGUUGGGUUCGCCAGCAGCUUGAAGACUUGCAGGCGGAGUUGCUACUACGGCCAGAAGCAGUUGCUGUGGCUGAGGAGCUGCGCAAGCAGGCACUACCAUCUUGCACAGAAGAAGUGGCCUGUGGCAGAAGCUCUGACGGAACCGGACAAAGUGCCGGAAGCCAUGAAGGAGUCCACGAAGGAGCACGCAUUCACGUCGCCCGAGGUGUGUGGCGGAUGGCCGGGCCAAGUGUCUAUCAAUUUUUGCGACGGCUAUGCCUGGUCAUGGUGUUGAUACUGGCAGCACUUGGCUUCGGGAUUGCAGUCGCCUUCUUGCUCGGCGCAGUCACAUCCCGCGCACAUGGACAGGGAGCUUCCCAGCAGAAUUUCCGUGACAAAAUUGGCCCGGGUCUUCCACGAAACCACGAGUUGUACAGGCAGUUGAACCAAAAACAUGCCGGUGCCUUGAACGAUGCGUUCUUUCAUUACCAGAAGAGGCUCUUUGAGGCAGAAGGUGAUUUCGAUCGUGCCAUGUCACCUGAUUUUGAGACCAGCACUCCUCCACCUGAUGCAAACUCCAGUUGGCCAGACAUGAAUGCCCUGCCUGAGUACAACAAGCUGCGCAAGGUCGUGGAACGUCUCAGCAGGAGGAUAGAAUUGCCCUCCCAAAGGAGGGACCUGAGUCGUCGAGUGCAAGCGACGAUGAAGACGCUGAUGGCGUUGAUGACCCACUUGCCAGACUUGCUCUGGACCCCGACCUGUCGACACAAGCGCGCCGGCGGAGUUCCACGGGACACCUCAACUUCGUUGACCAGGUAUCCGCAGGCAUUGGAUCCUACCUGGCUCGGCUGGAAGCGAAGCAUACGGAGAACACCACCGUGUACAAUCGGUCUGCAGGACAAGAAGCUUCACGGUGGCAGGAAUGCAUCCGACAAGUACCUUCGCCACUGUUCCAGACGGCGGCUAAAGGCUCUUCGAAGGAGAAACACCGUCGUUGGCAGCAUGCACCGGUGUUCGUGCCUGCUCGGUCAGUUGGCAGACUGCCAACUGGGCACGCUAGACAGAUUCUGGAUGGGGUUGUAA